AUGGACAAUAUUACUUCUUUGGUUCAAUAUGGAGGCAAUUGGAAUGAAAACAACGAGUACCAAGGAUACACAAUGUCUGGGAUAUUAAUACCACCAAAUUGUUCUCUUGACAACUUGGUGAAUCUGAUAAAAAAGGAGAUAAAGGAAAAAACAGCAACUAUUGAAGUUUCUUAUCAAGUAGAAAAAGGAACACCACCAAUGAAGGUUGUAACAGACAAUUCAGUGUUGUUCUUCCUGGAAAUAAAGAAAAAAGUUGCUACUAAAAUAGCAGACUUACCAUUGUGUGUCACUAUAAUUCAAGAAUCAAACAAUGAAAAUGACCUUCUUCUACUAGCAAAUCAGAAAGCUACAGCAGAAGAAAUGGAGGUGGGGACAUUAUUAAUGCAAGCAAAUCAAGCUUCCAUCAAUGAACAAAUGUUACUUGAAGAAGGAAUGUCAAGCACAACAAAUGAGGGCAUAAAUGUGUCAUACAUACCCCAUUUUGCUGAAGAAGUAGCUGAUUUCAUAAUUGAGGACAAUACAAAAAGAAAAAAGAAGUUGGAUGAAAUCCAACUAGUAAUAUCUGAUUACAGAGUGAACACAAUAGAGCAAGGACAAAUUUACAAGGAUAAGAACACAGUCAAAUCAGCCCUUAGCUACUAUGCAAUGCUGCAUAACUUCCAGUUCAAAACAAAAAGAUCAGAACCUAGAGAGUACCUAGUUACUUGCGCAGAUGAAAAAUGCAACUGGUUGGUGAGAGCAUCUAAGUACAGAAAUCAACAUUUAUUCAAGGUACGGAAAUGCAAUCCAAAUCACACUUGCUCUGUUGAAAUUGUUUUGGAAGACCAUAGGCAAGCAAAAAGCAUCGUAGUUGGGGAAUUAAUAAAGAAUAAGUACAAGUCAAUCAAAAGAAAUUACACUCCAAAUGACAUCAUGAAUGAUAUGAAUGAUGACUUUGGAGUAACUAUGGGAUACACAAAAGCAUGGAGAUCAAGAGAGAAAGCUUUGCGUCUAGUAAGAGGGAACCCCGAUGAUUCAUAUCAGAAGUGGCCAAUAUAUCUUUACAUGUUGAAAAAAGCAAAUCCAGGAACAAUAACACACCUACUCACAGACAAGGAAGAUAGAUUCAAAUACCUAUACAUAGCUUUCUCUAACUCAAUCAAGGGUUGGAGAUACUUGAGGCCUAUAAUUGUUGUUGAUGGAACUUUUUUGAAAAAUGCACAUGGUGGUACCCUGUUUUCAGCAUCAACGUUAGAUUCAAACAACAACAUUUUCGUGUUGGCUUUUGGAAUAGCAGACUCCGAAAAUGAUAACUCAUGGCUAUGGUUCUUCUCCAAACUGCGAGAAACCUAUGGAGAACCCGAAGGAUUGGCUAUAGUUUCUGACAGACAUAAGAGCAUAGACAAUGCAGUACAUAUGGUGUACCCAAAUGCUUUCCAUGGAGCUUGCAUGUUUCACUUACUCAAUAAUUUGAAAGGCAAGUAUGGGAGCCAUGGAGAAGAACUACAAAUGAAAUUCAUUGCAGCAGCAAAAGCAUACACACAGACAGAAUGUGAAAACUACAUGAAAGGCCUUGAUAGAAUUGAUAGACGCAUUAGGCCCUAUUUAGAAAAAGCCAAGUAUGAAACUUGGGCAAGAUCAUACUCGCCAACAAAAAGAUACACCAUGAUGACAUCCAACAUCGCAGAAUCACUCAACGCUGCACUAAAAGCUGCAAGAAAUCUCCCCAUUGAUAUAUUGGUUGAAUGCCUUAGAAGUUUGGUUCAAAAGUGGGUUUGGAACAACUCAAAUAAUGCAAAUGGAACAUUCACAAAAGUCUCUACAGCAACAGAAAAUGAAUUGAGACAUGACAUUGUUUCAAAAAUGAAGUAUGAGGUCUUGCCUUUCAACACAAUAGAAUACCAAGUUCGUGAUCAAAAGGGGAUAAAUUUCACAGUAAAUAUGCAUAAUAGAACAUGCACUUGCAAUAGGUUCCAAGAAGAUGAAAUACCUUGUGGCCAUGCAGUAGCUGUCAUUGCAAAAAGAAACUUGAGUGUCUAUGAUUAUUGUGCAAAAUUCUACAGAACAGAAACGUUGAAAGCAUUGUAUCAAGAAAAUGUUCAUCCUUUGCCCCAUAAAGAUGAAUGGAAUCUCCCACAACACUUGGACAUACUAGUGCUGCCUCCAAAUUCAACAAUCCCUGCAGGAAGACUAAGAAAGAAACGAAUAAGAUCAAGAGGGGAAAAUAACGUAAUAAUCACCUGUGGGAAAUGUGCACAACCAGGACAUAACAGGAAGACUUGCAGGAAUCCUCCAUUUCAGAAGCCAAAUAAACAGAAAAAGCCAAAGACAUAG